UCCGGGUCUUGUGAUGCUGGGCCGACGGAGCGCGCGGGUCACGAGUUCUAGCUCAGCGCGUGGCCUCGGCGACAUGGCCACCGAGGCGGACGUGCGCGCCCGACUGCAGCGCGCGGGCCAGGGCCACCUGCUGCGCUUCUGGGCCGAGCUGGGCCCGGGGCCGCGCGCCGCGCUGCUAGCGGAGCUGGCGCCGCUGGAGCCUGACGCACUACGCGAGCACUGCGCCUCGGCGGCUGAGGCCUGCGCGCGCGCCCCCGGCCCCACGCCCGGCCUGGCCGCGCGCCUGCGGCCCCUGUCCCCAGAGCGCGUGGGCAGCGCCAGCCGAAGCGACCCUGAGACGCGCCGGCGCUGGGAGGCGGAAGGUUUCCGCCAGAUUGCCCUGAACAAGGUGGCCGUGCUGCUGCUGGCUGGCGGGCAGGGUACCCGUCUGGGCGUCACCUACCCCAAGGGCAUGUACCAGGUGGGGCUGCCCAGCGGGAAGACCCUGUACCAGCUGCAGGCCGAGCGGAUCCGGCGCGUGGAGCAGCUGGCUAGUGAGCGCCACAGAACCCGCUGCACCGUGCCUUGGUACAUCAUGACUAGCGAGUUUACGCUGGGACCCACGGCCAAGUUCUUCAAGGAGCACGACUUCUUCCACCUGGACCCUGCCAACGUGGUCCUGUUCGAGCAACGCAUGCUGCCCGCCGUCUCCUUCGAGGGCAAGGCCAUCUUGGAGCGGAAAGACAAGGUUGCCAUGGCCCCAGAUGGUAACGGGGGUCUGUACCGCGCUCUGGCGGACAACCAGGUCCUAGAAGACAUGGAGCGUCGUGGAGUGGAGUUCGUGCACGUGUAUUGUGUGGAUAACAUCCUGGUGCGGCUGGCCGAUCCAGUCUUCAUUGGCUUCUGCGUGCUGCGGGGCGCGGACUGUGGUGCCAAGGUGGUGGAAAAGGCCUACCCGGAGGAGCCUGUGGGCGUUGUGUGCCAGGUGGACGGUGUCCCCCAGGUGGUGGAGUACAGCGAGAUCAGCCCUGAGACUGCAGGGCUGUGUGGGGCCGACGGGCGCCUACUCUACAAUGUGGGCAACAUCUGCAACCACUUCUUCACCCGAGGAUUCCUGCAGAGGGUCACCAGGGAGUUUGAGCCUUUGCUGAAACCACAUGUGGCUGUGAAGAAGGUCCCGUACGUGGAUGAGGAGGGAAAUCUGGUAAACCCGCUAAAACCGAAUGGGAUAAAGAUGGAGAAGUUUGUGUUUGAUGUGUUCCAGUUUGCUAAGAACUUCAUGGCCUUUGAAGUAUCUCGCGAGGAAGAGUUUUCCCCGCUGAAAAAUGCUGCCACAGCGACCAGGGACAACCCUUCCACUGCCAGGCGGGCCCUGCUCACUCAGCACUACCAGUGGGCGCUGCAGGCUGGGGCCCACUUCCUGGAUGCACACGGGGCCCAACUUCCUGAGCAGCCCAUCUUGCCCCAAAAUGAAGACCCUCCUGCCAUUUGUGAGAUAUCACCCUUAGUAUCUUACUCUGGAGAGGAUCUGGAAGCCUGUCUUCAGGGCCACAAGCUCUGGUCCCCAUUCAUCCUGAACGAGGACCAGGCCAGGGUGCUGAGGACCCAGGAGGCCUGACCUGCUCCCAGACUGGCCAGCUGGUGGUCCUCAGGUUGGGGCAAAGCCCUGGCCCCGCUCCGGGUUUGCAUCUCCAGUCUGCAAGACAGAAGGGAACCUGCCGGCUUACCCCACAAGGCUGGGACCUCUCCCACCACUCACAGACAUAUAAGCGAUGGGCAAUCUGCUGUGGGCCCUUUGGCUGCAUUUCUGACUGAGACUCAACUGAGAGGCGGAGGGUUUGGGGAGUGGGAGUGGGCGAGAGGAAGCCGUAUCAUCCUGGAGGAGCUGCAGUGGGGAAGCCAGCCCUGGUGUCUUGAGGGCCCCACGUUCUCCAAGGCAGAUGAGAAGGUGCACAGUCCCGGCAGCCGGGCACCAGGCACUGGCUCCAGUUCUCAGGUCCACCGCCCAGGGCAUGAUUGAGGCAGCCCCCUCGCCUGGGCAGCUGGACCGGCCACCGGGGAGAGGGGGAUAGUCUUACCUGCAUCCCCGGCUGAGGCCACAGGCGCUGCCCAGCUGUCCAGGCUGCCCUGCAGGAGCCCGCCCUGCCUCCAGAUUUCUCCCAAGGACUCAGCCUCUCAGCUGUUGGGCAGUUUGCUGAAUUCAAGGGCUUUCCCCAAGAACCUGAGACAAAUACUGUGGCCCCCUGGUUGAUUUGGUUUUCAUCCCCUCACCUACCUGCCUGUAGCUUCUGACAGAUCUUGGUGCUCCAGGUCUUCCCAAGCUCCCCAUGCUGGACAUGCAGCCUUGGUAUGUGGUGCCCUGGCCCUGCACCUGGACCAGGCUCUGACUCUUGUGCGGCUGCUCUGAAGGGCAGCGCCUCUUGCUCACCUGUGUUCCUGAGAGAAGGCACUGGCACUCCCUUCCCCAAGAACAGCUACAAAGCUAAGUCUCGGCCACCGGCCCCAAGCUUGUCCCCAACAGGAGAGGGUGUGAGCCAGAAGGAUGCCUUCGCCCAGUGGCCUGGAGUCCAGGAGCCCAGCUGAGGGCCGGGGUCAGGCCACACUAGCCAUGAUGGCACCGUCACCUCGGCUCUGCCAGGAGCACAAACCUCGAAGGCACAGAGGGCUUGCACCGAGUAUGAUGCGGACCCCUCGCCCGGGCCAUCUCCCACCUGCUCCUCCGCCUCGCUCCAGUUUUGCAAAUUCUGCUUGUGAGUGCAGUGAGGAGUGCUUAGCUUGUGCCUUUGCACGGUUCCAGGGAGAUGCCAGGCGGCCUUCAGAGUCUGCCAUUCAUCCCAUAACGUGGGGGUCCAGGGUUCCCAGGCGGCUCGCGGCGUUCCCGCCUUGCAGAGCUCUCCCUCAGGCCGCCCCUCCUCACGAACACCCAUCGCCCCUGACCCCACACUGUCCCGAGCAAACGACUUGAAAGUUGUCGAUCUUCACUCCUGCAGACGGACACACGGAAUAAACUCGGGAGCCCUGACUGAC